AUGCUGUCUGAUACCUUGUAUACUCUCCCCCCAGGGUCUAGGAUUCUAGUGACCGGGUGUAACGGCUUCAUCGGGUCCCAUGUGGUCGAUCAGCUACUAAUGCUCGGCUACUUGGUCCGCGGCACUGUUCGCGAGCCAAAGCCCUGGUUGAACGAAUUCUUUGAUCAGAAAUACGGCAAAGGCAAAUUUGAAUCAUUCAUUCUGUCGAAUCUGGAUAGUGAGGUGGACUGCGAGAAGGCGGUUGAAGGGGCUUCUGGGGUUAUUCAUAUGGCCGCUGACGUAUCGAUGAACCCUGAUCCAAGUGUGGUUAUCCCAAAUGCCGUCAAGGCAAUGCAGAGCAUCCUGAAAGCCGCUUCAAAAUGGCAUUCGGUCAAGCAAGUCGUGCUGACUUCAUCUUCAACCGCUGCUUAUACACCGAGCUCUGAUGGAGAAAGAACAACGAUCACCCAAGAUACCUGGAAUGAUGCUGCUGUUGCAGCGGCUUGGGAUGCGCAUGCUCCUCCCCACUCUAAGGGGUACUUUGUAUACGUAGCCUCCAAGACGGAGACCGAGAGGAUGGCUUUCAAGUGGGUGCAAGAGCACAAACCUUCCUUCACUUUAAAUACUGUUUUGCCAGCCCUCACUUUCGGCAAAAUCCUCGCUCCGGGAGUGGGAGGUUCAACGCAGUCUUUUGUCACAAACAUGCUCAAAGGCGAUGGAUCAGCCAUGACGUUCCUUCCUCCACAGUGGUUUGUUAAUGUCGUCGAUGUUGCGAGAUUACACGUUGCUGCGCUCCUUUCACCAUCGGUUAAAUCUGAGCGAAUCUUCGCAUUCGCUGCUUCUCAGAACUGGACAGAAGUUAUCAGGAUUUUAAGGAAGCUCCGUCCUGAGAAUUCACUCAUUCCCCAGGAGCCUGAAGGCGAGGCUCAAGACUUGAAAAUUGUUGAGCCUUCCAAGUGGGCCGAAGAAAUUCUUAAGAGCUUUUAUGAUCGACCGGGCUGGGUCAGUCUAGAGGAAAGUAUCGCCGAGGGCAUUUGUGACUGCUAG